AUGAAUUGUAAAAAUGAGUAUGAUGAAGAUUUAUCUGGGGUUUUGGCAUUAUCUAAAGAUGUUGAUAAAUAAGUCAUACCUAUUCUUAUUAAAAUCUUCAAGAGAGAGAAAAUUCAGGACUGUCUAGUAUUCCUCUCAUAAUAUCAAAAUCUAAGCCAAGUCGAAUUGGAAAUAUAGUAAUUAGAAAAUUCUUUACUAUUUGAAAAGGAAUAAUUGCUAAAUGCUGAAAGAAUGAUAUUAAUAGGAUUACAGAUGUUCUUAAAUAUUAAGGAUCAAGAAUUUAAUGAACAGAAUUUCUCGAUAGAUGAAUAUGAAGAAAUUAAAAAAAGAUCUGUUCAUAAAAAUAUUUUAAGUUAAGAAGAUUAUAUAAUUACUAAAAUUUUUAGUUCACCUUACAGCCUUAGAUGA